AUGCGGACAUCCACCAAACUGUUUACAUAUUUGAGUGUUGGGAUUGUAGGUGACUUUUUCUUCAACGUGUCUGUGUUUUCAAACGUUCCACAUUACACAUGUCUAACUACAUAUUUGUUAUAUACAGACAUAUUUAUGCAAGGAGGGGCACUGCCAGGUGCAGAGCAGAGCAGCGCGGAGCCUCCGGCUGCCACUCCUCCGCACCUGGCUCCGACCUCCACGGCAGGUGAGGGAGCCCUGCCUUUCCAACGGACAGUCGGGACCUGUGAAUCUGUGACUCAGCAGGGCAACAAAGUCUCUGGAGCAAGUUCAGCUCAACAGCUCAGGGUAUCCUCAGAUGAUCUCACACAAGGGGGAAAGAGGAGUAUGAUGGCUUACCAGUGCUCUUCCUGGAUCUUCAUCAACGAGAGGACAUUCAUUACCAGGGAACAACUUAAUUCCUUAUUGAAGACUUAUAACAUUUUUUAUGAGAACCAGAAAAACUUGCAGAUUCUGUGUGGACAGACAGAAGAUGGCAAACUGACCGUUGAAGGCACGCUGGACGUUUCCUGGGGAGUAAAGCGGCCUAUACAGCUAAAAAUACAAGACGAGAAACAAAUCCCUUCUUUUACUAGGUUGAAGUCACCGGAUGUCUUUUCCAAAAGGGGAAUGACACGCUGGGGGGAAUUCGAUGAUCUUUACCGUAUUAGUGAUCUGGACAGAACCCAGAUUCCAGCAUCUAAAGGAACAGAUCCCCAAGAAGACUAUUUAUCUUAUCACAGUAGGACUCUGAAGCCUUAUGCAGAGGAAGAGACAGAAUCCCCAUUGCUCUAUCGAACCAUGAGUGAAGCAACCCUGGUGAGAAAAAGGAUGAUGCCUCCCAUGAUGGACAGAAAAGACAGACAGAAGCACAGGGCCUCUAUUAAUGGGCACUUCUAUAACCAUGAAACAUCAAUUUUCACUCCAGCCUUUGGAUCAGAAACUAAAGUCAGAAUAAACAGUAAUAUGAGAACUGAAGAGGUAAUAGAGCAACUUCUCCAAAAAUUUAAGAUUGAAAAUAGUGCCCAAGAUUUUGCACUUUACAUUGUUUUCGCAACAGGAGAGCGGAGGCGGCUGAAGAAGACCGAUGUUCCGCUACUGCACAGGCUCGUGCAGGGACCUUCCAAAGAGAAUGCUCGCAUUUUCCUCAUGGAUAAAGAUGCAACAGAAAUUAGCAGUGAUGUGGCUCAGUACAUUAACUUCCAUUUUCCUCUCCUGGAAUCCAUCCUUCAAAGAUUAAAUGAAGAAGAGAAAAGAGAGAUUCAAAGAAUAACAACAAAAUUCAGGACAGAAAAGGCUAUGAUACUAAAAUAUCUUCAAAGUAAACGGGGAGUAAAAACUGAGACAACAGUUUAGCAGGUUAGGCUGCAAUUGCUGAAACACCUCAACAAAAUUAGAGGGAUAUUAUUAUUUGAUGAAUGCAUAAAGUCCAUACAUGCAUUCAUACAAAUGUCUAUGAACUUGAAUCUGUGGAAAAUGGAAUGUUGGAAAAGCUUGUCUCUCUUUGAAGUGAUGAGGUUACCGAGGCUUCACAGUUGCCCUGAAAGGAGCUCGAAUUUGUUUCAGUAACUGAAACAAGCUUGGAUACGGUGUAUCCCCAAGACUUUUUAUAGUAAAACACUCCAUGAACUCGAAUCUAAAUGAUGUCUUCAGAUAUCACGUAGCAUAAACCUCUUUUAGCUUGAACUGUCAAGAAAAUUAAAACAUCCUCAGUGGAUCCUCAGAAAUGAUUCAGAAGUAAAAGCUGCCAGCUCUUGAAAUAAAAAGGAAGCACACUCCUAUCCUA